UAAAGUCGCGACUCGAUGACGUAAAUAUUGGGUGACGAGAUUCUCGUCCAAAACAACACUGUACCAGGCGCCGCGGCAUUUGGGGCCAAAUUAUUUUAAGAAGACGCGUUAAAAAUGGUAGUUUGUAAUUUUUUCCUUCAGGGCCGGUGUCGUUACGGGGAGAGAUGUUGGAAUGAACAUCCGAGGGGUGGAGGUAGAGGAGGUGGAGGAGGUGGAGGUCAGCAGCACUCCAGAGGAGAAGGAGGGUUUGGAAACAGAGUUUGGGUCAAUCCCUCCCAACAGAAAGGAGGAAGUUACAUCCAGCCGUCCUAUUUCCCCUCUCAGGGGAGAAACAGCUGGGGUGGAGGUGGUGGAGGAGGAGGCAGUGGAGACGGCGGAGGGAGACGAGACAAUGUGAAAAGCUCCGACUUUUCCUUCUCCACUCAGAACAGAUUUGCGUCCCUCGACGCUUCUAAAAGCUUCGCUGACAGGGGAGGAAGAGGAGGAACAGCCGCCGAGGACGACGACAGUAAAAAACUGGAGAUGAUCCAGAUGGACAUGGAUGUCUGGGAGAGUUCGGGGCAGUGGGGCUUCUCCUGUUAUUCCAUCGCCAAAUUGCCUUUAUCAGGUUUCCCUGAUCUCUCCCCGGAGGAGCUCAGGCUGGAGUACUACUCCAAGAGUGCAUCAGGAGACCUGCAGACUUAUAUGAAUGGUGUCAAUCAGUUGCUGAGUCAGUGGAAAAGCAGAAUCCAGGAGCUGAAGAGCAUGAAUCCAAACACUCGAGCCGCACUGCUUGCAGAGUUGAACGGAGCGGGACCUCAGGGGUCUUCUGGUGGCUUCGGGGGCCCCCCUGAGUUUGGAUCCGUCACAUCUGGCUUUGGAAGCAAAGAUUUUGGUUCACCUGCACCUGCCCAGACCGGCAGCUUUGGCUUUCCCGAAAAGCGUCCAGAAUUUGGGUUCACGUCCGCCCCAGUUUUCGGCGCUCCAUUCGGAUCUUCCACACCACAAACCCCCUCUGGCUUUGGCGCCCCCGCUCAACCUUCAGCCUCCACCUUCUCCUUUGCUUCUUCUUCCACUAACAAACCGGCGGGAUCUUCGGGGUUCGGAUCGGCGUCUGGGUUCAGCUUCUCUUCAGCAGGAAGCAGCACGGGGGGAUUUGGUAAUGCAGGAGCCGCCGCUGCCCCUGCGUUUCCACAGACGAGUGGAGGAUUCGGGGCCACACCAGGAUCUGAAGCUCAGUCAGGCAGCCUGUUCUCAUCAGAGAGCCAGCUGACUCCAGAGGAGCUGGAUCAGUUCAAGGCCAAGAGAUUCACUCUGGGUCAGAUUCCCCUCAAGCCCCCCCCAGAAAACCUGUUAGUGCUAAGAUAGGGGGAGGAAGAAUCAUCAUGUAUGCAGAGAAGAGGCUUUUAUUUUGAAGGGAAAACUUACAGGUUUUCUUUAAAAAUUGACUUUUGUAUUAUUUUAUUUAGUUUGACAAAUUAUGAGCAUAAUCCUGUUUUGUUAUUGAUGAAUUAUUAUUAUUAGUUUCAAUGUUUGAAGCAACUUCAGUGAGAAGAAUGUAAUUGCACAUAUCGGUCAGUAGGGGGAGCCAGACUCGAUUCAUGUGUUUUAAUACUUUUCUCCCAAUUUUUUUUUUUUUUUUUUUAGAAAACAGAAAGUUUGUACACAUUAAAGCACAAAAACUAACCGAGACAUUCAAGAUAACUUUAAUUUUAAAUAUUUUUACUACAUUUGAGUCCAGAAAAACUACAAAAUCUCUUUAUUGCAUUAAAGAACAUUCAUCCUGAUGUAUAUUUUCAAGAGGACAAAUAUUUUGAAUAACUGUUAAAUAAUACAGUUUCACAGACUGACUUGGAUCAUAUAGAGGCCUACCAUUUAUUUGGAAAACAUUAAAUUCUGUUGUAAUUCUCUGUAAACUGGAGGCGGCGUUCUCCUGUGGCUUUUUGACGUCCGAAUGUUAAUAAAGUGGUUCAGAAUCUGGACUGAUGCUAGGACA